AGAAGAAAGAAAAGAAAGAAAGAAGAGAGAGAAAGAGAGAGAAAGAAAGAAAAAAUAUACAGAGAUAGAUGACUCAAAACACUAUCCAUGGUCUUUCUUUUAUCUUUCUGUACUACGAGAAACUCCUUUCAUGAAGAAAUCUAUUGCUCUGAAAUAAGAAAGCUCCAACUUAUUAUUUAAGGAACAAAAGGGUCAGCGUUGCAUUCAAAUGACUACUCCCGUGAGAUCAAAAACUGUUUUUGGAUGAGAUGCAGCGUAUUAGGCAACUCCACAAAGUACUUUUUUUUUUUUUUUUUAAAGAGCAAUCUUUAAAAAGAGCUCGAGCUCGUCGGAUGUUUCUCUUGAGAAGCGAGCACCACGCUAUUCGAAGACUCCUCGUCCCCACGGCGCCGUGUCGCUGCCGUGUAAAGGGUCGUUAACUUCGUCGCGGACCCCCUAGACCGCCCGCACGGCGCCCGUCCCGACCCGGGGAAGAGCGCUGGGACCGCGAAGCCAAGCGACAGGGGCCGGCGAGGCGUCCCAGGGCUGCUUGCUGGCCGUCUGGCGCCUCCGCACACAAACUUGCGCAGCGCUGAAGACCGGCCUGCUGGGGAGUGACAGUCACGCGGAGGGCGAGGAGGGGCGAGGAGGGAAGCGGACUCUGGACCCGAACCCCGUGACGCGAGGAUGCCUUGGCACGGCCAGGGCCCGCCCACCCGCCUUCGCCAUCCCACCCACUGCCGAGAGCCCCAGAGGACGCAGCAGGGCCGGGCGCCCGGGGGCGAAGGCAGCGCUCACCGCUUCAGAUGGUCCGAAGCCCGCCCAGCUGCGGUGGUCGCGGAGACCAAACUCGGCGCCGAGGCCCCGGCUGCGGCCCGGGGGGUAGCCCGGGCAGGAACCGGCUCCCGGGGCAUCGCCGGCGGCCUCCACGGCACCCGCGCGCAGCCCCCAGCGCUGGGCGCACGCCGCCUCUUGGGCCGUAGGGCGCAGGGCACCCCGGCGCGGCCCCGCCCACUCCCGAGGAGGGCCAAUGGGCGCGGAGCGCGGGAAGCCCGGGGCGGGGCGCGAGCGGCGGGUAGGCCCACGACGCCGUGCGCUCCGAGGUCCGAGCCGCCCGCCCGGGGCCUGCAGAGUUUCGGAGGACUCCCCCGCCCCCCACCUGCUUGUAAUCGUGUGUGUCGGCUUAUGUGCUUUAAUGAAGCAAGCUGCCAUGUUAGAGAGCCCCACGUGGUAAAGAAUGGAGAGAAGCCUCCAGCCAACAGCCAGCGAGGAACUGAAUCCUGCCAGCAAGCACAUAAGUCAGCCUGGAAGCAAAUCCUUUCCCAAUAGGGGCUUGCAAUGACAACCAUAGCUUGUCAUGGUUGGCUGCAGCCUGUGAUGUCAGGGACCAGGCUAAGCCAGCCUGGACCUCUGACCUUGUGGAAACUAUAAGAUAAUAAAUGUUGUUGAAACCCACUACACUUGGGGGGGGGGUAAUUUGUUAUAAAGUGAUAGAUAACUAGUACAAUGGGAUAACAUGUUCCUUGAAGAAUUAUCACAGGGAUUAGAAUGUAUACAAGGAUUAGAAGAAUGACGAUAAUAAUAAUGACAAUGACAACAGGGGAUCCCAGCUAAGCUUAAAUUAAGACGCAGAACCUGGUGGAAAUGCUGCUAUUGUAAAGUUAUUUUUAGUGCUUUAGCCUCCUGAGAAGUACAGGAGAGAAUAAAGUAUGAAGAACAGGGUAUCAUAUUUCUCAAUCAGGCUCAGACUAUGUCUGACUCUGAUAGAAAGGGGCUUGUGAGCAGAACUAGAAGUAGCAGGUUUGUGAGAGCCAGUGAAUAAGAAACAUUGAGUGGGAGCCCAGGUGACGGAGCGUCACCAAGAACUGGGGAGAGGAUCAUUCUUCCACUUCUGUUCAGGUUGGAGCAUGGCUACAGCAAUAAACAGAAGUCAAGGGAUAGUGCAAUUGUUCAGCUCAUACCUUGGGAGCAUGGAGCAUAGGACCCUUGGCAGGAAAGAAGGGAUCUCAUGAGGGACACUGGCCACAGUGGAGGUGACCAGGCCCUCCUGCUUCUACUGAGACUGGCACAUAGCUAUUUCUGUUUGUGGUUGGUGAACAGUAAAAGAGACUAUGGGAAAGGAGCAUAAGCACACUUGAUUCUGGGCAGCCUCUGAGAAGGAAAGCUGAGGACCUAUGUCACCAUAAGCCAGGGCAGUGGGUUAUAGGUGUCUUAGAGGACAUGCAGAGUUCUGACAGGCAAAGAAAGGUAAACAGACAUUCUAAACUAAGGGAACAGCCCAUAUAAAGAUUCAGAGCUGUGAAGAGAAGUCAUUUCUUUAGGGAAAAACAAGUAGUCCUGGGUGAUCAGGGAAAGGAGUACAAACUAGUUAACAUCUCCUAUUCUGGGGGAUCCCUGGGUGGCUCAGCGGUUUAGCGCCUGUCUUUGGCCCAGGGGGUGAUCCUGGAGUCCCGGGAUCGGGUCCCACGUCGGGCUCCUUGCAUGGAACCUGCUUCUCCC